UUUGGUGUAAAACCUAUCGGCAGGAGAGCAGCAUGACAUUUGACCUUUUUCAACCUAUGCAGAAAAUGUAAAAAAAGAAAAGUCCUAACCAUUUUAACGUAGGCUUUACAGACAUUUUAGUUAGUGUUGGUACACAGAUCCCUAUAGAGGGUGCUAUAAACAUGAGUAUAACUCCUUUUGUCUAUUAGUUGACAGCAGCAGAGAAGUCAACCUGUGAGCAGACCUCAUGAUUGGUUAAUAAGUAAAGCAUGAUCUGGUAGGCUUGGCAUUGACUCAGAACAGUUGUGCUUUCACAUCGCCUAUCUAACUCCACUGCCCUUGUUUUCUGAUUGAGAGUUUUUUUGUUUGCUGUCAUCAUGGGAUCUUUCUGCUCCAGAGGCUAUGUAUUUUUUUAAGCAGCUGCAACAAUGUGGCUGUUUUUGUGGAUACAAUUAUUUCAGAGAAAUGCCUGACUGGGGUUCUUUUUUUUUUCACAAGCAAUCUGAUUAGUUUAGACGGUAAACAGCAACAGCUUUUUCCAGAGUUAAAGAGUAAAACUGCUGAAGAGCUGGAUUACCGCAUCUGGCAAUGGGCGACUUUGAUAAGAUCUGGCGAGAACACUGUGAAGAUGAACAAACACUGAGUGAGUAUGCACUGGCCAUGAAGAAUUUGGCUGACAACCACUGGGCCAAAAACAGCGAGGGAGAGGGACGCAUCGAGUGGUGUCGUAGUGUUUGUCAAGAAUAUUUUUUGAACGGCGGGAUGAAAAGAAUGUUGGAAAAAGACGAGAAAAGCUCCAAGAUUGCCAUGGCAAUAACUGUGGCACCGGCAAAUUCCCUACCACACAGCACUACCCCAAGUUCAGUCUCACAUCUGGGGAAAAUGCGUCUCCUUGACGUAGGAAGCUGCUUCAACCCUUUCCUGAAGUUUGAUGAAUUUCUUACAGUGGGUAUCGACAUUGUUCCUGCGGUUGAGACCGUGUACAAGUGUGACUUCCUCAACUUGCAGCUCCAGCGGCCUGUCCAACUGGCAGAUGAUGCCGUGGAGGCCUUUCUCCGCCAGCUCCACAAUCCCAUCGAUGCCCUGCCUGCGCAGCUGUUCCACGUGGUGGUCUUCUCACUGCUCCUCUCCUACUUCCCUUCACCAUACCAGCGCUGGAUCUGUUGCAAGAAGGCUCAUGAGCUGCUGGAGCUGCACGGCCUGCUGCUCAUCAUCACGCCCGACUCCUCGCAUCAAAACCGUCAUGCACUCAUGAUGCGCAGCUGGCGGGUCGCAGUGGAGUCGUUGGGCUUUAAGCGAUAUAAAUACAUCAAAUAUUCCCACAUGCAUCUCAUCGCCUUCCGGAAGGUGUCUCUUGCCACCACCAGUGACCUGGUGUCUCGCAACUACCCCGAAAUGCUCUACAUCCCUCAGGACUUCCACUCCAUCGAGGAGGAAGACUGCAUCGACGUGCCGGUGCGCUCGGAAUUUGAGGAUGACCAGCUGGCUUGCAGCUUCACUGAGCUGCCCGACACUCCCUAUGAUUCCGAUUCUGGAGAGAGCCAGAGCAGCUCGGUGCCUGGCUUCCAUGAGCUGGAGGACCCUAUCUUGCUUCAGAGCUAGGCUAAAACAACCAGCUCCACCUGUACACAGCACUCCAGCCCAGAACCAUGAUGUACCCUUCAACUGCUGCGCUGCUAAAUUUAAUCUGCUGCAUUCUUCUCUACCUUCACCUCCCUCUCCUAUGAUGCAGUUUGCACAGAAGCUGAAGAGACGUUUACAAAUUACUUCCUUAAAAACACACACAUUUGAAAAUACAGACAGAUAAACAAGAUUGCGCAUUAACAGAGAUGGAUAUAUUUUGAUAAAUAGUUAGCUUUUUUUAAGUGUUGGAAAAUGAACACCCCCUCCCUCCCCCCGCUCCCUUUUUUCCACCCCAAGCUCUUAGAAACAAAACUCAGCUUGUCUACAUUCUGUACUCAGUCUCUAUUUGAAUAAGCUAGUGUGGCAGGCUGAUGGAUAAGUAUAAAUGCCAAACGCAGCAACCCGAGCCGCCUGACAGAGGUUUGAUUGCACUGGAGAGACUGAGAUGGACUGACUGGACUUGAAUCGCUUGCUUCUGUCACAGUCAUGCAGCUAAACUGAAAAUUCUUUGUGCAUUUAGCUUUUUCUAGAAUAGAAAUGAAGUAAAUAGUUUUUUGAAAUCAACAUAAUCUCAACAAUCACAUUGAUGUCGUCUAGUGCAAAGUGUGGCAAUGCCAUUUUUAACUUGGCAUCUUGCGAUUUGUGGAUCUUUUACAAGAAAGCUGUAUUUGUAGCAUUUUAAACAUUUUCAGAACCGUACAGUAGGAGUAUUACUAGGUUUACUAAUGUGAAAUUGUAACUGUGUUUACUCAUCGUGUAACAAGGUACGAGUGUUUCAAAGCAGAUAUUUCAGUCUUAUCGUCCUGACAGAUAAAACUACAAAUCAUCAUCUCAGAUUUUCAAAAUAUUUAGUGUCCUCACACAGAGAGUUCAACAGCGCUAAUAAGUGACGCAUAUCAAAGUAACUAUUAUUCUUUUGACACGCCGACAAAUAUCAUUAAGCACUCUGCCACCAAAAUAUUCAGAUAGUUUUCUGAAGAAAGCAUUUUUGACUGAAGAAAUUUGCACUAAAAGACUCUUGUCUUAUGGAACUUCUGACACAGGUGAGAUACUGUAGAUUUUAGCAAUAGUGAGCAAAGGUCUGAACUUACUGUAUUCUUUAUGAGCAGGUUUUAGCUAAAGACACUACCAGGUGAAACGUUUGUGUAUGUUUCUGCCUGUUCAUGAACAGGUGGCAUGUGUGGAUGUGAUCGACUUUGUCUGUUUGUUUAAUAGUGUGAAUGAAGGAGUGAAUUUACUCAAUGUAUUUUUUGCCUGUGGCACUUUAUCAUUGAUCCCAAAGGGUGUCACACAACGUCAUUAUUUUCCUAUUUGAAAAAACAACUUCUUUUCAUCCAACAGAAUGAGCCCAUAAUGUAAUAACAGUUGGUCUAAUGUGCCUUCUUUACUUAACAUUUACAGCCCAAACAGAUUUUCAUAACUUGAAAUAAUAAUCAAGAUUAUUUGGCCUCAUCGUAUACACAGCAGUAUCUUUGUUGUAUUUAUGGUACAUGUAAAAACUCGACACUGUAUGUUGUUGCCAUUCUUCUAUUUCUUUCUUAUCAGUGCACAUCUCUCUUUGGUUGAAAUAGAAAAUAACGGUGCGAUUUCAUAUUCAAGCUCUGAAAAAGGAUGUUUUCGACUGAUGGGUAUUUUUUUUUGUCUUCCAGUAUUUCUUUUGGCAGAUUUGCAUGUUCAUCUCCAAUAUCGACAUUUUCAAUAAUGCAGAACAAUGUGUUCUCGUAGUACUGUUGUAUUACUCUUUUAUAAAUGAAUGUCAGUGUAAA